AUGUCCGACGCUCAUCUUUUCGCCGCACCCGUCGGCGCUCCGGUCAACGGUCACUCCUCUGGGUCAGAAUCCUCUGCCGCCGCCCCCGCUCCGAAAGUGGAGGUUGACCACGACGCGGCACCAAGCUUCCACUCGUCUUUGCCCGGGACCCGGCCCGAGUCGAACGAUGCGCCCCUCGUACCACCCACGGCAGAGCCCAUCUCCAGCGUCGGCAUCCAGCCCGCCUCUCUCAUCUCGGAAGCACAAGCUCAGUCCCAACACGUCGUCUCUUCGCAGCAGUCCCUUCCGCCAAAGUCAGAAUCCACCUCCGAUCACGCUUCCGAGCAAAACAGAUCUUACGACGGCCCCAUGGAACUGACGGCUGCCCAGCUAAAGUUUGCUCAGAGCACGCUCAAGUCGCUCAAGAGCCGACGCGAAGCCAUCGCCUUCCUUGCUCCCGUCAACCCAGUCGCACUAGGCAUUCCACAGUAUCCGCAGAUCAUCACCAAACCGAUGGACUUUGGCACCAUCGACAUCAAGUUGGCCCUCACCGCGCUCGUCCUCAAGCCCAACUCCAAGCCGGGAGACAAGGCCAAAUCAGCACCAGAAUGGGGUCUCGAUCCAUCCAGGGAUGUCUAUCGCCGCAUGGUUGAUUUCGAAACCGACGUUCGUCAGGUCUUUUUCAACUGCGCCACCUUCAACGGGCCCGACAGCCCUUACACCCAAAACGCACGCGUUCUCGAGGCCGCUUUUGACAAGUACAUGAAGGACGUACCUGCCGCUACGUCUCCACUGGCCCAAGCUUCCGAUCCUGCCGCUGCACGCGCCCGUCGUCCAUCCAACCCCGUUCCGACUAUCCGCCGCUCUUCGUCCGAUGUUGGCGGUCGCCCGAAGAGGGAGAUCCACCCUCCGCCUCCCAAGGAUCUGCCAUGGGCCAACGAGCCUCAGAGCGCUUCUUCCUCCGAGAUGCGCAAGGCCGCGCGCCGCAAGGUGGCAAAGAAGGCUGGCAGUCUCUCGGCACGCGAGCAGGCCCACUACGCAAAAGUGGCUCAGGACGAGCUGCGAUUCUGCACCAGGAUCAUCGACGAUCUCCUCAAGCCUACCUUCUCCAACGUUGCCUGGGUCUUCUACGAUCUGCCCACCAUGGACUUCGACUGGGCGCCCGCAUACUUUCAGAUGAUCAAGAAGCCGAUCGCUCUGCGCGAUGUCCAGAAGAACAUCAGAUCGGGCGAGUACGCGGAUGCGCAGGAGUUCGAUGCAGACAUGCAGUUGCUCUUCCAGAAUUGCUUCACCUUCAACCCGCCCGGCUCGGAUGUCCACAAUAUGGGCGAGCAGCUCAAGUCGGUGUACGAGGACAAGAUGUCACGCAAGCCCGCACCGGCUCCUUUGCCAGAUUACGAAGAGAGCGACGUCGACGAAGACGAGGAUGCCGAGGACGACGACGACGAGGUGGAUCCAGCUCUGCAGGCUGCGCUGCAGGAGCAGAUCUCGCAGCUCUCAGCCACGCUAGCCAUGCUCGAGGGCGCCAAGAACCAGAACGCGGGCCUCAUCGCCAACACAAAGACGAUGCUUGCGUCGUUGCAGGAGAGCUACGCCAGCUCCGGUGCCUCCAAGAAGAGCAAGAGCAAGGCCUCCGGCACAAAGAGAAAGUCGUCCGAAAGCGGCGGAGCUUCCAAGAAGAAGAGCAAGGCAAAGGCAGCUGGCAGCCCGUCUGCGGCGGCCGCCGAGUACGUGCCGGCCAAGAAGACCAAGACGGCUGCGGCGCCCAAGAAGAAGCCCACACCGAGCAGCAAGAAGGCGAGCUCGAGCCGCAGAGACGACAACAGCGACGAAGAUAUCCGCAACGUCACGUACGAGCAGAAGGAGGAGCUGGCUGCCAAGAUCACCGAGCUGUCGGAGGAGCGUCUGGACGGUGCGAUCCGCAUCAUCAACGAAGACAAGCCGCCGAACCAGAACGACGAGGAGGAGAUCGAGCUGGACAUUGACGAGCUGUCUCCGAGGACGCUGUACAAGCUGUACAAGUACGUGGUGCGUCCCAAGAAGCCAGCGCCGGUGGCCAACAAGAACUCCAAGUCGGCGCCGCUCGACGGUCGAAAACGUGGCACGGGAGGCAUCAAGAAGAAGAACCUGGACGAAGGGGAGGAGGCAGAAAGGAUCGCACGUCUGCAGCAGCAGCUGGAGCAGUUUGGCAACCCGGACGCUGUCGGAUCGGGUGGAGGUGCGGGAGGACACGACGAUCUGGUGCAUUCGGAAAGCUCUUCGGACGAGAGCGGAUCCGACUCGGAUUCGGACUGA